CCCUUCCCACCGGAACGACUGAUUUCGAUGAUUUGAGGCACGAAUUCAAAAUUUUGCGACGUCGUUCCAUUAAGAAUAGUAAAAUCUUUUGAGCACCGCUCGCACUACUACAUCGACUGUGAGACAUUUUGCAAAAGCUGARUUGUUCCGUUUGAACCGAAUAAAAUCGAAUCGUAUCCCCAGAAUCGAUAGCACAAAAUGAGAAUUCAAGCUUCCUCAAUAGCCGGCGUAUUGUUGGUGCUCACGAUCGCAACAACCAAGGCAAGAAAAACCGACACGGACAAAGAAGGGGGCAGACAAAAGAGCCCUGAUUUUGAUGAUGGGAAAAACGACAAUGAAGGAUCCUGCGGUCUGUAUAUGGCUACAUCGUCUACGUCAAUCCCGAGUGACCACAAAUGGGGGGUCUAUGCCGGAAAAGACAUUCCUGCCAACUCCCCAGUUGGAUUUGGAGAUCUAGCCAUUCACACCUUUCACCUUAUGGCCAACAACAUCUGGCUCGACGAGGAGGAGGAAAUUCAUGACGACCUCGACGAAAAUGAAUUAGCCAACGUUGUCGAUUGGUUCGAACAGUUCGUUUGGGUUCCUCAUUCGAGUGGUGGGCAGUUCGAGAUCGAAGAUACGGAGUACGGUGCCAAGGUGGUGUCUGCCGUACCAGGAAUUGGAGUCGUUGGGGGUUACAACCCGAAGCUUACGAACGCAGAUUGGAAUCAUUCCAGUGCCUAUCACCGGGAGGCCUGGAAYGAGUAUCCAGGAGAAGCACAUCCCGGCAGGGGGGCUUAUAGCAAUUAUUACAACUUGGAGGUUGCGUCGACAGAGGUUAUUCCGGCCGGAAGAGAAAUUUUCCUCCAGGUAUGUAUUUUAUCCUGGCGAAAUAUGCAGGAUAUUAGCCAAAAGCAGGUCGCCGAAUCAUAAUCAUUGAAGAUUUGCGCUGAACUCAACAUUUUUCUGAAACCAAUUUUCUUGCAUCAUUGAUUUGAAAGUUUGGAGACAACUGGGACGAAGAGAGUGGAGAAAAAGAGAAGGAAAUGUUGACGAAGAAGGAUUAUGAGAAGGUCGAUCAGACGGUCGAGAAAAUGAUCCARUUUUUCGAGAAGCACGAUAGCAAUUUGGAUGAAGAUUCUAGACAGAAAAUCUACAAUUUUUUGCGAGAGGACGUCAUGGUGGCUGCUGCAGGAGAAGACAAGGCUAGCCAGAUAAAAAAYAUGCUCCCCGAAGAUUCAAACGAACUCAAAGAACUUUUGGAAAAUGGUGGAUCAUUUGCCUUGAAGGCUCCCGGAGCAAUUCGAUCGUUGGAAUGGUUGGAAACGAACGGCCUGUGCAUGGACAUGAUCAAACCGGGUCCAUCGACGAUCCCUUAUGCGGGACGCGGAGCAUUCGCCAAUAGAGAUAUCAAGGAAGGGACAUUGGUGGCACCCGUUCCCUUGAUCCAAAUUCCUGAUGAAGCGAUUCUAGAUAUGUAUGAGGUCGAUAGUAUCCUAUACAACUCAGAGGAAGUUGAGGAGGACGAAACGGUGGAACCCGAUUAUAUUUGGCAUCGGGAUUCGGACGAAAAGACAGCGAUACAGCUGUUAAUGAACUAUAUGUAUGGCCACCCCAAAUCAAAGAUGCUCUUUUUCCCGGUAGGUGCAGUGGCGAACUACAUCAAUCAUGCUCCAUCUAAAGAAMAGAUUAAUGCAAAGAUGGUGUGGUCGGACCACCCUCAGAAUCAAAUAGAUUGGUUGGACGAGGUGCUGAACCCAUUUAAUGCGAUGGGAAGACUCAUGAUCGAAAUUGUAGCCACAAAAGACAUCAAAGAAGGCGAAGAAGGUAUGRUAGAAGGUUCAAUAUURCAGCCUUUUCAAAACGUUCUUGUUUGUUUACCUCGGAAGGCUCUAAAUUGAUGUCGUUUUUGUUUCCGUCCUUUAUCACAAUCUAGUUUUCAUCGAUUACGGCAAAGAAUGGCAAGAUGCAUGGGAUCGGCACGUCGAAGAUUGGAACCAAAAUAAAGAAGAUUCUUGGCCAACCCGUGCWCUCGAUUUAAAUCAAGAACACAAAACGAAACCAUUUCGGACAAUUGAAGAAGAGGCAUAUCCGGAGAAUGUAAUGAUUAAGUGCUUUCUCAUGGUGAAGAARGCCGACGGCGAGCAAAAGGUAGAUAGCGAAGGUCGAAAAACUCGAGAAUGGUCCGAGUCAGAAACGGGGAAAUCAAACCUCGUCAGCAACAACUUGUUCGAUUGUGAAAUUAUAGCACAUAGGGAGACGUCUACUGGCCACUCAUACGACAUUCUAUGGGACAGCGGAAAAUCAAAAACGGUAGUCACGAGCGUUCCUCACAAAGCUAUUGUAUUUUUGGAUCGACCGGGUGAAAGCGAUCAGAAUAUUUGGAACAGCUUUCGCCACUACAUUAGCAUGGGGGAUAUUUUUCCAGAUCUUUGGAUGAAUGGUUUCUAUGAGGAUGAUGAGGAAGAAAACGCACAUGACAGCAAUGAUGAGGGAGAGUUAUAGAUCACGUGCCCGGUUCCCGACGAGAGUCAAGCUGUUAGGUCAAUUUUUAUAAUAC